AGUGACCUGGUGCACCAGACCCAAGCCGCCCUGGACCCCGGGACACUCUGAGGGUCGAGUCUCCGCCUUCUGCCAGCUGCUGGUGGUUUCAAACCGCUGACCUUGCAGUAGCAGCCCAAUGCCUAACUGCUACACGACCAGAGCUCCUAAAACAAUCCCAGGUGGCUCUAAAUGCAAGGCAAGCCUGGGCUCCCCGGUGUGUGCUCCUGGAUCUGCAGGGCCUUGUUGUGUGUGGGUCGUGGUGGUUGAUUAAUGAAAGACAAAUGAAGUCCGCUCCCAGGGCUCAGCCACCCCUCCUACAGGAUGCCCGAGGGCCCCGAGCUGCAGCUGGCCAGCCUCUUUGUGAACAAGACCUGCAAGGGACUUGUGUUUGGCGGGCCGGUGGAGAAGUCCGCUGUCAGCCGAAAUGCUGAGGUGCCCUUUGAGAGCAGUGCCUACAGCAUCUCAGCCACAGCCCGGGGCAAAGAGCUGCGCCUGACCCUGAGCCCUCUGCCGGGCGCCCAGCCUCCUCGGGAGCCAUUGGCCCUCGUCUUCCGCUUCGGCAUGUCCGGUUCAUUCCAGAUGGCACCCGGGGAUGCGCUGCCACGCCAUGCCCACCUGCGCUUCCACACGGCCCCGCCUGGCCCCCGGCGUGCCCUCUGCUUUGUGGACAUCCGCCGCUUCGGUCACUGGGACCUCGGGGGCGAGUGGCAGCCGGGCCGAGGCCCCUGCGUCAUCCAGGAGUAUGAGCAGUUCAGGGAGAACGUGCUGCAGCACCUGGAGGACAAGAUCUUUGACCGGCCCAUCUGCGAGGCCCUCCUGGACCAGAGGUUCUUCAAUGGCAUUGGCAACUACCUUCGGGCCGAGAUCCUGCACCGGCUGAAGAUACCCCCCUUUGAGAAGGCCCGCACAGUGAUGGAGGCCCUGAAGCAGCGAAGGCCGAGCCCAGAGCUGACACUGAGCAAGAAGAUCAAGGACAAGCUGCAGAACCCGGACCUGCUGGAACUGUGCCACUCUGUGCCCAAGGAAGUGGUCCAGCUGGGGGGCAAAGGCUACGGGGCGGAGAGUGGGGAGCAGGACUUCGCCGCCUUUCGAGCCUGGCUGCGAUGCUACAGCGUUCCAGGCAUGCGCUCCCUGCGUGACAGGCAUGGCCGUACCAUCUGGUUCCAGGGGGACCCUGGACCGCUUGUGCCCAAAGGGCAUAAGGCUCGUGCCAAGAAACCCAGGGAAACCCAGCCGGACACUGAGGACGGAAAGGAGGACCCUCCACCUCCAAGCCAGACCCCUUCCAAGGCACGAAGAGCACAGAGAACCCUUCCCAAGCAGCCUGCACCCCAGGACCUGGAAGCUCCCACUGCCCCCAAGAGGACAAGGAGGGCCAUGCAACCAGCAGCCUCAGGCCCACGCCGCAGAGGCCGCAGAGUGCAGAGGACCAGGCCCGAGCCCGGAGAGCAGCAGGGCACCUCAGCUUCUUAGCAGGAGCCCCCUUGCUUUGGGUCUCCCCUCCCUGCUGCCUAGCCCUGGAUCUGGCUGGGGCCUGUCCGGCUUCUUAGAAGCUGGGCACUGCACAAGGGUGAUGUUUUGAACUGCACCCUCACUCUCCCCAUUCUUAAGCCUCCGUGAAAACGUGGUUUUUAAAGAUAAGUAAAGUUAAACUUCCAGGAA